UUGAAAGAUGGCCGCUGCUUGUAUUUGCUCCACAGUUAUUUCAAACACAAUGGUUUGAAGUUCAUUUCGGGAUAUGUUUUAUUGGUUUGAUCAUUUCUUAUAAAAUUAUCAGUAAUCUCACGAUUACUAUUAACUAUUACGGAAUGGUUUAGCAGUAAACAACACGCAAAUAACUGUGAAGAGUCUGCCACACCAUUUCGGGAUCUACCCACUACAAGUAUCCAGAUCUAGUAUACUAGAUCAACAGUUCUACACAGAUUCCUUAUCUACUAUUAUCUAGAUCUUCCAGGUAGUCUGCCUUACUAAAUUACCUAUGAUCUCUACGAUCUGAUGAUGAGUAGUUACAGAAUGACUAAACAAUUUGUGAUCAAACCUGCACACUGUCGUCGUAUUAGAGAUGCCUUCAGAACAACUUUAUUGCACUUUAAGCCCCAAAAUUCUAGCAAUAAAGUCUGUUACAGUAUUAAUGCAAAUAGCCAGCAGCCCAAAGCAGCACUGAAUGGAAUAAAAGUACUUGACUUAUCUCGAGUGUUGGCAGGACCUUAUUGUACUAUGAUCCUUGGUGACCUUGGAGCAGAUGUCAUCAAAGUGGAAAGAACUGGUGAAGGUGACGAUACUCGUUCUUGGGGCCCGCCAUUUGUUGGAACAGAAUCCUGCUACUAUCUCUGCGUGAACCGUAAUAAAAAGAGUGUGACUGUUGAUUUUAAGAAACCUGAAGGGGUUAAAAUCAUCAAAGAGCUAGCAGCUGUCAGUGAUGUUUUAGUUGAGAACUACAUUCCUGGAAAACUGUCUCAAAUGGGACUUGGGUAUCCAGAGCUUAGUGCCGAGUUUCCACAUCUGAUCUAUUGCUCCAUUACAGGCUAUGGACAGACAGGCGCCUAUUCAAGCCGUGCUGGCUAUGAUGUUAUUGUCUCUGGUGUUGGUGGACUGAUGCACAUAACAGGACCUGCUGAUGGAGAACCUUGUAAAACUGGCGUGGCAUUAACUGACUUGUCUACAGGGCUGUAUGCUGUCAGUGCCAUUCUGGCAUCAAUUAUAGCAAGACAACAUACUGGCAGAGGUCAGCACAUCGACUGCAACUUGUUAUCCACAAGUGUUGCAUCACUAGUAAAUGUUGCAUCGAAUUACUUAAAUGCAGGACUUGAAGGUGAGCGGUUUGGUACUGCUCACCCCAGUAUCGUGCCAUAUCAGGCUUUUCAAACAUCAUCUGGGUACUUACUUCUCGGAGCAGGAAAUGACAGUCAAUUUCAAACGUUAGCACAGCUAAUAGGACAUCCUGAGCUUGCCAAUGAUGACCGCUAUAAGACAAAUAAAGCCAGAGUUAAAAAUAGACUUGAUUUAUUGCGGUUUUUGGAGAAAGUGUUUCAGAAAAAGUCAUUAUCGGAUUGGCUGAACAUACUAGAUGGCUCAGGGCUGCCGUAUGGACCAAUAAACAAUAUGGAGCAAACAUUUUCAGACCCCCAGGUGUUAAACAAUGGAAUGAUACAGAAACUUGAUCACCCAACUCUUGGUGAAAUACGAGUGCCUGGACCGGCUGUACGCUACAGUGUCACAAAAUUGGUGGAGCCAAUAGCUCCACCAAUGCUAGGACAACAUACUGACCAAGUUCUUAAAGAUGUUUUGGGAUAUUCAAAAGAAUCAUUAUUGAAACUUCGACAGCAAAAAGUCAUUCAAUAACAUUUAUAACAAGGCUACUUUAAUGGUUAUUAAUAUAAAUUGGCGUUAAUUGUACUAGUCAUCAUUUCAGUCUUAAUUC